AUGGUGGUCAAAGGUGUUCUGGUGAUGGAGUUCAGAGUGCGUGUGGUUAUGUGUGACUGUGUGUGCAGCUAUGGGGGUGUGGUCAAAGGGAUUGGGUGGUGUUGGCUGGGCAAGGAUUUUCCUUUGAACUCGAACUCUGGGUUAUUCAGAUGUGCAAUUUGCCAAGUGGAUCAGCCACCAAGUGAUGGUUUAUCUGUUAACUCUGGUCCCUUUUUUUCUCCCGCAUCAAAGCCAUGGGAAGGCCCAUUCCUCUGCAACAACUGUCGAAAGAAGAAAGAUGCCAUGGAAGGAAAAAGGCCAAGCAGACCCACAGUAACCACAUAG